UCCAUGAAGGCUGCGUGCAACACUCAUGGGCAGGACUCCUCGUACUUCCUGGGGUUGCAGGAGUAUGAGAACGACCCGUAUGAUCCGAAGACCAACCCCACCGGGAUCAUUCAGAUGGGCCUGGCGGAGAACCAGCUCUCUUUCGAUCUCAUCGAGUCGUGGCUGCAGCGACACCCCGACGCGGCGGGGCUAAGAAGAGACGGCCGCGUCGUGUUCCGAGAGCUGGCUCUCUUCCAGGAUUACCAUGGCUUACCUGAGUUCAAGAGAGCACUGGCGGAUCUCAUGGGCGAUUUAAGAGGCAACAAGAUCGAGAUCGAUCCGCGAAAGCUUGUCCUGACCGCCGGAGCCACCUCUGCUAACGAGAUUCUCAUGUUCUGUCUCGCCGAACCCGGCGAGGCCUUUCUUAUUCCUACUCCAUACUAUCCAGGGUUUGACAGGGAUCUGAAAUGGCGUACCGGCGCGGAGAUCGUUCCUGUACACUGUUCCAGCUCCAAUGGGUUCCGAAUCACCAGAGCCGCCCUCGAAAAAGCCUAUCAAGGAGCGCGAAAGCGUAAUCUGAUAGUAAAAGGAGUUCUGAUCACCAAUCCUUCCAAUCCAUUGGGCACGACGAUGAGUCGGAACGAGAUCGACGCCCUCGUCGACUUCGUCGUCGCCAAGGACGUCCAUCUCAUCAGCGACGAGAUCUACUCCGGAACGACCUUCGACUCGCCCGGGUUCGUCAGCGUCACGGAGGCUAUCGAGGGCAGAGCACACGUAACGGAUCGCGUUCACGUUGUAUACAGCCUCUCCAAGGAUCUCGGCCUCCCUGGCUUCCGGGUGGGUGCAAUCUACUCCAACAACGAGGCCGUGGUGGCCGCAGCUACCAAGAUGUCGAGCUUCGGCCUCGUCUCUUCCCAAACCCAGUACCUCCUCUCGGCUCUGCUCUCCGACGAGGAGUUCAGAGGCAAUUACACCGGGGAGAACCAGAAGAGGAUCAAGCAGCGGCACGACCGGCUCGUCCAAGGCCUUGGGCGGAGUGGCAUCAGCUGCUUAAAGAGCAAUGCGGGUCUGUUCUGCUGGGUGGACAUGAGGCACUUGCUGCGUUCCAACACAUUGGAGGGGGAGAUGGAGCUGUGGAGGAAGAUAGUGUACGAAGUGGGGCUCAACAUCUCGCCGGGCUCCUCCUGCCACUGCGACGAGCCCGGGUGGUUCCGCGUCUGCUUUGCCAACAUGUCGGUCGAGACACUCGACGUCGCCAUGCGGCGGCUGCAGGACUUCGUUGACUCCUGGGAUCGUCAAAACACUUUGGUCACAGAAAUUUUCUUGUGUGCAGACCAUACGAUGCUAUGAUCGAUAACAUAGA